CAGGCUAAAAAUCCAACAUAAUUGUGGUAUAUGGUUACCCUUUAUCCUUUUUUCCCCUUCUUCCAUGCAAACCACCAUCCUUCAAUCUCCCUGCUAACAAACCAUCUCCAUUGUUGUCUCUCCAGAAUCCCCAAUUCUUUCUUUGCAGAAUCAACCUCCCAAAUCCCUCUUUUUUUCAUCUAAUUCUCGAAGGAAAAAAAAUAAAAGAAGAAAUCGUGCGUGCAGUUUGUUCACCGGUUUGUCUUCAUCUUCAUCGUAUUAACCUCGCUGCUCGAAUUCAAAAUGGUUCGAGCAGCUGAGGAUGAACAAAACAUGAAUCCCGGAGUAGGUGAUGAAGGCGCCACAAACAAUGACAGCAAAUGCUCAGUUGCAGUUUCAGAUUUGGAUACGGUGAAGGAAAAGUUCGCGAAAUUGCUUUUAGGCGAGGAUAUGUCAGGUGGAGGAAAGGGCGUUUCAUCAGCUCAGGCUUUGUCAAAUGCCAUUACGAAUCUAGCAGCUGCUGUUUUUGGGGAACAAUCACGAUUAGAGCCAAUGCCACCGGAAAGAAAAGCAAGGUGGCGGAAGGAAAUGGAUUGGCUCUUAUCUGUCACCGAUCACAUUGUUGAAUUUGUGCCCUCAAAACAAAACACUAAUGGCGUAAACAUGGAGAUUAUGGUUACAAGGCAACGGAGCGACCUCCAUAUGAACAUUCCUGCAUUAAGGAAGCUUGACGCGAUGCUCAUUGAGUGCUUGGAUAAUUUUCAAGGCGAACAUGAGUUCACGUAUGCAUCAAAAGAUGACAACGAAGCAAAAAGCCAAAGAAAGAGGGAAGAAGAUAAAUGGUGGUUACCAACCCCAAAGGUCCCUGCAGACGGUUUAUCAGAGUCUACAAAGAAAUGGUUACAAUUUCAAAAAGACGCAGUUCACCAAGUACUCAAAGCAGCCUUAGCCAUUAACGCACAAAUUCUAAUGGAAAUGGAAGUCCCUGAAAGCUACACCGAAACCCUCCCAAAGAAUGGAAGGGCGAGCUUGGGAGACUAUAUCUAUAAGAGUAUAACGGUUGAGCACUUUGAUCCGGAUCACUUUCUUUCAUCAAUGGAUUUAACGAUUGAUCAUAAAAUCGUUGACCUCAAGAAUAGAUUCGAGGCGUCUGUAGUGAUAUGGAAGAGGAAGAUGUCUGCUAAAGAUGGAAGAUCUAGUUGGGGUUCGGGUGUUAGUUUGGAAAAAAGAGAACAAUUUGGAGAUCGAGCAGAGACUAUUUUAUUAAUUCUUAAACAACGUUACCCUGGGAUUCCUCAAUCCAUACUAGAAAUCAGCAAAAUUGAACACAACAGAGAUGUUGGGCUUGCUAUUCUUGAGAGUUAUUCAAGAAUCUUAGAAAGUUUGGCACAUAAAGUGUUGUCACGUAUAGAAGACGUACAGCAUGCAGAUGCUCUUACACAAAAUCCAUCUUUGGGAGAUAUGAAGACCAAUUCUCUUAAAGAUUCAGUCAAGAUAUUAACAUCAGGUAAAUUCCCAGAUGCAGUAGAAGAGAUAGAAAGCUGA